ACCAACAAACAUUCAAGCAAGGACAGCGUCGGAGUUCCCCCUGCGAACACGUCAUUCCGCCAUGGCUAACUUGCCUCCAGUUUUGCCAAGUUGUGUGUGCUUAGGUCCGGUAGGCGCGGGAAAAACUUUGCUUCUUAAAAAGUUAAAAGGCAACGAGGACAUUGAUAUAACGUCAACUUCAGUACCCACUGUGGGAACCAAUAUCACAACUCUCCAGUUGACAAAUGAAAAGGAAAUUGUUGUUCGGGAAGUUGGAGGUGCUAUGGCUCCUCUGUGGAACCUAUAUUACAAGAACAUCACGCGAAUCAUCUAUGUUGUUGACGCAAGUAACCUCUGCCAAAUAGCAGCAGCUGGUGUCCUUUUGUACACAGUACUUGCCGAGCCCCAACUUAAGAAUGCUAAGGUACUACUAGUUCUUACUAAAAUGGAUGUGUCAUACCGACAAAUGAGAAAUGAAGCCCUACUAAUGUUGCAAUUUGCAAGGUUAAAGAGAGAAAUAUCGCAGUCUGUCACUGUGAUGGAAGCAAGUGCAAUCACUGGGGAAGGUUUACCAGCAAUCAAGGAAUGGCUUGCAGGUGUAAAACCGACACCACCUGUGAAAAAGCUGAUGAAUUAAAUACAUUGUUUUAAUCUAA